AUGCCAUCCCCAUCGCCCCAGACUGCGGGCCGCGGCGCAAAGGCCCGGAUCUGUAUCCAUUGCGGUCGGGGUUUUCGACGAACAGAGCAUUUGGAGCGCCAUGUGCGCACCCAUACCAAGGAGAAGCCGUUCAUCUGCUUCUGUGGGGCGGCUUUUACUAGACGCGAUCUAUUGAAACGCCAUACACGCAUUUCUCAUCAGGAUGGCCUUGCGUCACCCGACUCCCAGUCCCGCUCCACGGUCAAGACGGGUCUUCAAGCACCCCACCACCCUGCGCCUGCAGCUGCACCCAUCUCGCCGCAAUAUGAUGCAGCGGACCGUCCAGUAGGAUCCAUGCCGGAGCCUCCUGCUGUACACCAAUGGCCGGCUGCGCAACCUGAACAUGCUGUAUAUUUGGCACAGAACCAACCUGGUAACAUCAUGCCUCCCGGGGCACCUAAUCCUAAUCCAGUGCCAAAUGGGCAUCCUAGCAUGCAUGACCCGGCCAUGAUCCAAGCCGCUCAGUUGCUUAUUCCUGGCGAUUAUCAAGCCGCCCCCUUGCCUUAUUUGCCCGAAGACCUCAAUCAUUUCCAGGAAUUCACUACAUUCCUAGAUUCGAUUGGUUUGCCGGCUGAGUGGUUACCUAGUGAGGGAGAGGCAACCCAACUUAAUGAGAUCGCCUUGGAAGAUCCUCAGAAGACGGUGUUCGUAUCUCAGGAGCAACCAAAGGCUCGUCGCAGCCUGAGAGAGGAGUCGCGAGGAGACUCGCCUUUCCGAUCAUGGCUCCCAUCGGUACCACGGGGUGACCAGAGUCUAGGAGCUCUCUCUGAUAUUGAACCCCCACAAGCACACAACUCCUCCCGAUUCAAUAUUUCCGAGGACCAGCGCUUCCGUCUCGCAGCAUCCCUUGAAGAUUUUCGUAAUGUUAUCCCUGAUUUUACUCUACCGUCUCGCCAUACUUUAACCCGAUACAUUACUUCUUAUUUCGAGGGAUUCCACCCUCACAUUCCGUUUAUACACGUCCCGACCUUCCGAUUGAAUGAAUCCUCACCCGAGCUGGCGUUGGCAAUCAUGACAAUCGGAGCGCAGUAUCGUUUUGAGCAUCGCAAUGCCGAGAGAAUAUUCCAUGUUUCCAAAGCAGUCUUAUACGAACGCAUGUCGAGGGAAUCUCGCAUCGCAUCGCAGGCAGCCUAUUCGAUGCCCAUGGGCGUCCGCCCAUAUGCUGACAACCAGUCGGGCAGCGAUGGAGCAGUAUCCGCCAUGUCAAGAAAAAUGGAGGUCAUACGUUGUCUCCUCGUUCUCAUGAGUUACGCGACUUGGGAGCGAGCUGGACUGGUACAAGAGGCGUUCCAGCUCCAGGGACAAUUGGUUCAGCACCUGCGCGACAUCGGAUUAACAGAGCAACCUUCAGACCCUCGCGCCCAAUCGCUGGACUGGUAUGAAUGGGCAGACCAUGAGUCCAUCCGACGGACAAAGCUCAUUUCAUUUUGCUUCAUCCAUAUUCAUAGCGUGGCCUAUAAUGUCUAUCCCUCUCUUCGCAGCAGUGAGAUGCACUUGCGACUUCCUUGCUCAACAAGGGAAUGGACUGCAAACAGUGCGUCGGAGUGGGAAUCUGCUCAACGAGACAGAGGGCCCCGGCAGCUUUUCUUCCAGGAUGCUUUAACCCUGUUGCUACAGAAAUCACGGUCGGCGACACCAUUGGAGCCAAUACCUGCACCCCUGGGCAAUUACAUUCUUCUUCAUGGUCUGCUGCAGCGAAUUCAUAUAGUCAGUGAGCUUUCGUUACCAAAUGGGAACCAAUCAACGAGCCUACCGACCGAAGAACUUAACAAAAUUGAGCGAGCUUUGCGUUCCUGGACUACAGUCUGGCAACAAGCCCCGGAAUCAAGUCUCGAUCCACAUAACGCGAACGGGCCCAUUCCAUUCACCUCGAGUGCCCUCCUAGGUCUUGCAUAUGUACGAUUAUCCCUUAACCUUGGCCCGUACCGCCGCCUCGAGACUCGUGACCCGACUGCCAUCGCUUCUGCAUUGUGCCGAUCUUCCAAGCCUGAAAGAAGUUACCGCCUCAUUCCAGCCCUUAUCUACGCGGCACAUGCUCUCAGCAUACCCGUCCGGCUUGGUAUUGACCACAUUGCGCGCAGCCAGGCCUUUUUCUGGAGUGUCCGCCAUUCACUCGCCAGCUUUGAAUGUGCGGUCUUAUUAAGCAAGUGGCUGUUCACGCUCGCCGAAGCCAGUCCGGAUCAGGCCCUAAGCGAAAAUGAAAGUCGCAUUCUUCGCUGGACGCGUUGUAUCGUUGAGGAGGCCUAUUCAUCCAUCGACAUUGAAGACGAGUCUGAAUUGCCACCGAACCUUGAGCCCGCGGCUCUGGGAAUGGCGGUCCUCAGGUUAUGGGCGAGGCUUUUCAAGCGCAAUACCCAGUGGCCAUUUAUUAAUUGUCUUGGACAGAGCUUGGAGCAGUAUAUGACUAUGAUUUAA